AUAUGAUGAAACAUAAUAGUUUUUUUUUUUGGCUAAUGUGAAGAAAUAUGAAUAUUUUUCAUGAUGAAAUCUUUGCUUUUGAAUCGUACACUUACGAUUGCCUAUUCGAAUACACUACCAUAUACGGGAAUUAAUCAUGAUCAUCAUCAUAUUGGAAUUGAAUAUGAACUAUUGAAAACAUUGGCCAAUAUAUUUCAAUUUAAAAUGAUUUUCAUUGAUUGUGAAAAUGAUUAUGGUAUCAGACAAUCUGAUGGAAAUUGGACCGGUAUGAUGGGCAAAAUAUUUAAUCAUGAAGCUGAUAUCGCUAUCGGUGGUAUCGUCGUUACAUAUGAUCGAAUAUUAUCAAUGCCAUUUUUAUAUCCACAUUGGAUUGAUAGCCUUACAUUCAGUACGACAAUUCCACAUAAACGUGUUCCGUUGGGUCUUUUUUUUCAGCCAUUCACACCGAUUGUUUGGCUAUGUCUUUUCAUUUCGUUAAUAUUGUUUCCAGUAUUGAAUCUAUGUUAUCAACAUCCACCAUAUGAUAAUUAUGCUUAUAAUCUUUUUUGGAUCAAUCUUUGUUUAUUAUUACGACAACCAUAUAAUGGAUUGCGAUCACGAUUAAAUUUAUCAUCAAAAAUGACCACAAUUAUAUGGAUGAUAUCAUUGAUAAUGUUGGCAAAUAUUUAUUCAUCAUAUCUUUGUUCAAAAUUUACCAUACCCGAUUAUAAUAUGAUUGAUACGACAGAUAAAUUAGCCGAUGAAUGUGAUGAUAAUCGUAUUACACCAAUGUUAACAAUGAAAACGAUGGUAUAUUCCCUGUUUAAAACGGAUUCAUCGAUUCGAACAAUCAGAUCUGUAGCGAGAAUAUUACGUGGAAUUAUGGAUCAAUCCGAAGGUGAACGAUUAAUUAUUGAUCAAACACAAAAAGAACGAUAUGCCCUAAUAUCAUCAUAUGAUCGGAUAAAAUUCAGCGAAUUAAAAUUUGGACCAAAAUCAUUCUAUCUACCAUCACCAAGUGGUGACAGUUCAUUUUUUCCAUUAAUUGUUAGUUUUCCUGUACGAUUACCCAACGAUUAUAUUGAACCAUUUGAAAUAUGGAUAAUGCGUAUUACAUCAUCUGGUCUGAUGGAAUGUUGGAAAAAUCGAUUAACAAUAGCCACACGACAAUCACUCAUUAUGAAUAGAAAUAUUAAACAUUUCAAUUCACAAAUGGACAAGAAUAUCAAUACCAAUACGAAUAAAGAUUUUAAUCUCAAUCAUUUUGAACGUCUUGUUCAAUUAUUUCUUCUGUGCAUAAUAACAUCAUUUAUCAUUUUUAUGAAUGAAAUUUUUGUUUAUCGACUAAAAAUUUUAAUCAAAUCGCUGUGAU